AUCAAAAUAAACAUUCUGUGGUUGAUUGCUCCUCCCACCACCACACUGACAGGUAUAUAAACCCAGAUAUUCCUUCCCUGCUCCAAAGCCCGGCCACGUAGCUUACUGCAAACAACGUCCGUGAUCGUCAACAGAGCUGUCAACCAAACUAUUACAACAAAUCCACCUUUGAGGGACACUGAAUCGUUGUCACUUCGCAAAGGCAAAAACAUGUCUGUUGUAAUCAAAGCGUUCCUGGAGCGAGAUGGGAACCCAAAAGCUGAGAUCCGACGUUUCGGGGUUCCUGCCGAUGCAUCUGCAAGUUUUACCUACAUAUUUUCGAAGGUGUCAGAAGUCUUUCCUGGACUUGUCACUGGAAACUUCAACCUCUUUUGGAAAGACAGCGAUGGGGACCUGGUGUCAUUCUCUUCAGAUGAGGAACUGAUGGAAGCUCUGGGCUUUGUAACUGAUUCCGUGUUCAGAAUCUAUGUUAGAGAGCAUGCUCCAACGUCAUCUGCCAGCAGCAGCGACAGCAGUGGAACGCUCCACCCCAAUGUUGUUUGUGAUGCAUGUGAGGGAGGCGUCCGCGGGAUCCGCUACAAGUGCUGCGUGUGCCCGGACUAUGAUCUCUGUAGCCAGUGUGAGGCUAAAAAUAUCCACUCCGAACAUGACAUGUUCAAGAUUGUGACCCCCAUGAACUCGUGUGGCCCUGGACGAAUGCCGUUCCGCCCUCCUCCACACUUCCGCCGAUGGAUGAAGCGUUACAUGAACCGCUGGCACAACCGUCAUGGUGGAUGUGGCAUGGAAACGGAGGGGGAUGUUCCCCCUGGGGCGGACUCUGACCCUAACCAGGACGGGGAACAGGAUGCUGGACCCGAGGAGGAAUAUCUCCACCAUGUGGGAGAGAAUGUGGCAGCCAUGAUGGACCCUUUCGGUAUUGAUGUGAAGUUUGAAGUUGAGCAUCAAGGUCGCCGUCGUGGUGGGCAAUGUCAUGGAGCUGGCCGACGUGGAUGUAGAGGUUUUGGAGGAGGAUGGGGCUUUGGGUGGGGAGGACCCAGAGGCCAUGGUUACCGAUUCCGCCAUUGCCAUCGUCGCUUUGGCAACAACCAGGACAAGGAGGCUGGGAAGGAAAGUGACGAGAUGAGAGAGGAAGCAGGCGCCAAACCAACAGAACCCAAACAGCAGGAGGCGCGAGACACAACGGCUCAGGAUGGCUCUAGACCUUCCGAAGCACCAGUCACAGACAAAAUGAAAGGUCUGCAAAUCAAUGAUGGCCCUGGUAGUUGUGAAGGAGAGUGGACCCUUCUGUCCAACUCCAGAUCUCCACCAAGCCCUCCACACCCAGACCCCAAGAUUACUGAGGCUCUCCAUCAAAUGUCCCAGAUGGGUUUCACAAAUGAUGGCGGCUGGCUCACACGACUGCUUUCGAGGCCAAGAACGGAGACAUCAGUCAGGUGCUGGAUGCAAUCAAACCAGAUCGCAGAAUCAACGAGGGCUUCAGAGCCUGAACACCGAUCCAGACUGUGACAAACUCUUACUACAGGCUAUACUUUCACUGGGUUAAUCUGUACAUGACAACAGCUCUUUAUAUGAGCAGUGAUUCUGUUUUAGAUUAAAUAUCUGAGGGAUUUGUCUGACAAUGUUUAACAAUAUUGAACUCUAUGUGACAUUGUAAGAGGCUUUGAAAAUAGUGUGUUUCAAAUAUAUGACACUGUCAUGAUACUGUACCAAUAUCAACCAUGUUUAAAUCAAAGCCAAAGGUAAAGACCCUGCUUGUUAGAAACUAAGAUAUUCUGAAUGUAAGUGGAUUGUAACACGUAAAUUUCAGCCUCACCAGUGUAGAUUCAAUCAAUAAUACUGCUUUUGUCCAUCAGUCUGUUUUUUGGAAACUGGCAACUCCAUUUUGAUUCAAGUGUCUUAAUAUGAAUACAAACUGUUUAUCUGAAAAUUGACCCCUCUGAUAUUUAUGUUGACUGUAAGGUAGAACACUAAAGUUCAUCCAUGGAAUAUGUUAAGUGGGAUUUUGUUCAUGUGUUACUGCAUUUACAGCUUUUUUGUUGUUGUUUCUAUGCGUGACUAUUGUGUGUAGAAAAUAUGCAAAUAAUGUUGGAUAUUAUCAGUUGUCUUGAAACUGGGUAUUGUUGGAUUUUAUCAGUUGUCUUGAAACUGGGUAUUGUUAUUGAUAGUGAGGGUGAUGAGGGUAUAAACCAUGGAAAAAGUAAUGGGGUUGUGUAACAUUGGAAAAUAUAAUUGGGCCGUUCAAACCUUAGAAAACAUAAUGGGUGUUUUUUGUGUAUCUACGUGAAAUGUUUGUUUUGAUAUUCAUACAUGGCAGAAAAUAAAUUUAUCGGUUCGCUUUGA